UGUGUGUGGCAAUGGUAACGUGUCUGCUCAAUAUGGAACUACUGGUCGUGUUUAUAUUAGGGUUUGCUGCUCAGUACAGUCAUGCUAUCAGUGGUACGUCGAUUUCCAACGUCUUUGGGGGAGGAAUCUGGGAUAAAGAAAAUUUGUCUUCAAAAAUAACGGUUCGAUUAAUAAAGAAAUCCUGGAGACCAAAAGGUAUAACAUACGAGGAACAACGGGAUGAGUUUCAAGGAUCGGUGGCAGAAGCGUAUGAAAUUCUAAGAAGCAACAAUGGGUAUGAUUAUGUAGAAAAACCUCUCGCAGAAGCUGGGCAACUUUUCACAAUGAUGGGAUCGGAUUCAACACCCGAGUUCAAAGAAAAUCUGGAGUCAAUCGUCAUAAUCCACCCCAUGUUCUCUCAUGGUGAUGAAGGGUAUUUUAUGAAACCCACAGUGACAGCACUUGGAAUGAGGAACCUUCACAGAUAUUAUAACAUAUUUCUGUUUCACAUGCCACUACUGAACAUAAACAUGUACUUCACCAUAAUACGGGAAUUUGCAGGAUAUAAAACCCGAUAUGAAGAUAUGGCAGAAGUGCUCUCUUCUUUUUUCCUAUAUGGGAUAAAACACCGACAUUGGACUCCAAGGAAAAUCAAUAUUAUUAGCUACAGCUACUCGGGCAAUCUCUCUGGGUAUAUAGCUAGGAUUAUUGAGGAUGCUAAAGACUCGAAAAUCAGUUCAAUAUUUAGUCUUGAACCAUACAGUGCAAAUUACAACGAGAACCUGAUACAAGUAAGCAAAGAGGAUGCGGAUGAUGUACACAUCCUACACACAAAUUCCUAUGUAGAGGGUACGAGGGAGAGGAUAGGAUCAGCUGACUUUGUGUUCAAUGACGGCUUCAUACAACCAGAAUGUAAAAAUCCUUUUAGAAGAAUUUUGAAGCUCAAACUUAUCUAUGAACCGUUCACUUGCAGUCAUUUACGGGUAACUCCGAGGUUUUGGUACAUCAUUCUUUUCCCAAGCAAAUUCCAGGCUCGAAAAUGCGACAUUUGGCCAAGGUUUACAAACUGUCUUUGUGAGAGAAAUAAACAAACAUUCAUCUCAUUUCCGAUACGCAACCGAGGUAUCCGUGGAACCUAUUAUCUUAAAACGAGUGAUUCAAAACCAUAUGGCCUUGGAGACGAAGGCUCUCACUGCAGUAAAGAAGAUCAGUUAAAACUAACGGAAAGUAAAAUGUCGAACAGGAAGAAGCUUUCCUGACCUCUCAAGAUUUAAAUAAGUUCUUUUUGAUAAGCUAUCAAAUAUUUGGUAAA